AUGUCUAUGUUAAAUUCAGUCAAUAUUAAUAUUCUAGCGUGGAAUGUGGGUGGAGCUGGGAGUAAGCGCUUCUCCCGCGCUCUCAAGCUAGUCAUUCAGUCGUACAAGCCUGAUUUUGUGAUUCUUCUUGAACCUCAGAUUAGUGGUAAUGCGGCGAAUGCGGUGUGCGAUAAGUUGGGUUUUCCGGAUGUGAUUCGGGUUGAAGCAGAAGGACGGCAAGGUGGCAUUUGGGUCUUUUGGGAUGCUCGGCGGUAUAAUGCUCAAAUCAUCUCGGCCUGUCUGCAGCACGUCACCAUCCGCAUUUCCCAGAGUCACAUGCCCGAUUGGAUCCUUACAGCAGUGUAUGCCUCUCCUCACCCCUCUCAGCAGCAACCUCUUUGGAGUCGUCUCACGGCUCUGAGUAAAGGCAUCAGCAUACCCUGGAUCCUUACAGGGGAUUUUAACGCCAUCAGAUCCCCGACCGAGAAGUCCGGGGCUGCCUCGAUGGCGACUCUCCGGAGAUGCCGCACCUUCAACGACAGAAUCAAUGGGGCGGACCUGUUGGAUCUCGGUUACUCCGGCCCAAAUUUUACCUGGACUAGGGGGGAGAAUUCUGAUACCUACAGGGCCAGCAGGAUCGACAGGAGCCUUUGCAACAUUCAGUGGAAUUCCGUCUUUCCAAAUACUACUGUCCGCCAUCUGCCUCGCCUCAAUUCGGAUCAUAACCCCAUCCUUACCUCCUUUGCUUUACAGGGGCAAUCUCCUCACUCUUCUCGUUCCUUUAAGUUUGAAGCUGCAUGGCUUACUCACAAGGAUUUUUUGAAUACCAUUGCAGGGACUUGGGAUUCUACCAGACCCUUGCCGAGCGCUUUGCAUUCUCUGAGCAUCGCCCUGCAAGAUUGGAACAGAGAAACCUUUGGGAAUGUGCAGCAAAGAAAGAGACGGCUCUUAGGGCGGAUUCAUGGAGUCGAAAGGCAUCUUUCUCGGAGUUUUUCCCCGGGGUUGGCCAAGCUCCAUUCUAAGCUGGAGGCCGAGCUUGAUUCAGUCUUGGAGCAGGAGGAGCUGAUCUGGUAUCAAAGAUCGAGGGAGCAUUGGGUAAAGUUUGGGGAGCGCAAUACUAGUUACUUUCACCAGCAAGCCAAUAUCAGGAGACGGAAGAACAGGAUCACCGCCCUUCGGGAUCAAACAGGAGUAUGGAUUGAUGAACCUCAGGAGCUGGCGGAUAUGGUCUUUGAGUUUUAUACUAACCUCUACUUGCAGGAUAGCUCAGCUUAUGAGGAUAUGAUGCCAAAGAAUGCUUUCCCCCGGCUUGCUCAAGAGGACCUCCUUGUUUUGCUGAGACCCUUUACCAUCAUGGACAUCCAUAAAGCCAUUUUCGAGAUGAAACCUUUUCAGGCUCCCGGGCCAGAUGGGUUUCACGCGGCCUUUUAUCAACAAGCCUGGAAUGUGGUGGGGAAGUCUUUAACAGAUAUGGCUCUGGCUUUCUUCAAUACCGGAGUGUUGCCUGAUAAGGUCUCAGAGUCUACUGUAGUGCUCAUCCCCAAAGUCGAUCAUCCUGAGUAUGUGACUCAACUGAGGCCCAUAUCGCUUAACAAUGUGAGUCUUAAGGCUAUCACCAAGGCGAUCACUAGUAGGUUGAAGUUGGUCAUGAGGAAGCUCAUCUCCCCUAGGCAGAGCAGUUUCAUUCCUGGCCGCCAGACCACGGACAAUGUCAUUGUUGUGCAGGAAGUGCUCCACUCUCUGGGGAAGCGUAAAGGGAAGAAAGGAGGCAUGAUUCUUAAGAUUGACCUUGAGAAAGCCUAUGACAUGCUCUGGUGGGAUUUCCUUCGUGAUACCCUGAAGGAAGCGGGUCUCCCCAGCACCUGGAUCAGCUGUAUCAUGUAUUGCGUGGAGCAGAAUAAUAUGCGGGUUCUUUGGAAUGGCAACCUUUCAGCGACCAUCACUCCCACUCGUGGAGUUCGCCAGGGAGACCCUCUUUCCCCUUAUCUCUUUGUCUUAUGCAUGGAACGCUUAUCUCACAGGAUAGACGCGGUCCUUCACAGUGGGCAAUGGAAGGCCAUUAGGCUCACUAGGAAUGGACCGCCCCUCACUCAUCUUUUCUUUGCAGAUGACCUUUUGCUCUUCGCCGAAGCAGAGACGAGACAGAUCAAAAUCAUCAAGCAGUGCCUUGACGACUUUUGCUUUAGCUCCGGGCAGCGGGUCAACUACGGCAAGUCCUUGCUGUUUGUGUCGCCAAAUGUGAGCAGAUCGAAGGCCAACAUUUUGAGCGCGAGAGCGGAGAUCCCCCUGAAGAAUGAGCUUGGCAAAUAUCUUGGCAUACAGGGCAUUCAUGGCCGGGUGACGGCAAGGAGAUACCAGAGCCUACUUCUGCGAAUCCAAAAGAAGCUAGCCCCGUGGAAAGCAAAACGUUUGUCUUUGGCUGCUCGCCUCACCGUUUCCAGGUCUAUCAUUUCCUCUAUUCCCACCUAUCAUAUGCAUACAGAGUUACUGCCUAAAGGAGUCUGUGCUUCUAUUGAUCGUAUUAACAGGGCUUUCGUAUGGGGUGAGGAGGACGGGAAAUCCAAGCUCCAUCUAGUUGGAUGGGAGAAGAUGAUCUUGCCUAAGGAUCAAGGGGGGGCUGGCCUUCGUUCGGUGAGGAAUGCCAACCUGGCAAUGCUUGCCAAGAGUGGGUGGAGACUCCUCAAAGAAAAAGACGCUCUGUGGACCCAGGUGGUCAGGGAUAAAUAUGGCCGAGGUAAAGAGAACCUGGAUCUUUUCCGCUCUACUCAGGGAAGUUCCUUUACUUGGAGAAGUCUUAACAAGGCUUCUCCCCUCUUAAUGAGAGGUUGUGCGUGGAACAUCAAGAAUGGGAAAACUACUAAAUUUUGGCAUGACUCUUGGAUUGUGCAGGAACCUCUCAUGAACCUUGCGGAAGAGGAGAUACCCGACUCGCGAAGGGACGAGGUGGUGGCGGACUUGACCUCAGAUGAUGGAAGAUGGUGCAUGGAACAGUUAGAGGGUCUUCUCCCGCCGGAGAUACUGAUGAAGAUUACCAGCAUGGCGGUGGAUAAACUCUCCAGCGACGAGGAUACCCUCUUCUGGGCUUUUUCUUCGAAUGGUCGUUUCACCACGAAGACUGCCUACGAGUCCCUUCUUCCUGAAGGGAAUGAUCCGGAUACCAAGUUUUGGAAGAUUAUUUGGAGCCUUCCUGUCCCGGAGAGAGUCCGUUGUUUUGUCUGGCUUGUGGGACUUGGGAGAAUUGCGACUAAUGCCCUUCGGUACUCCAGGAAGUUUUCUGAUUCUGCGGACUGUGAGAGAUGUAAUGGACAGGCUGAGUCCAUCCUUCACAUUCUUCGAGACUGUCCCCCGGCUAUGUACUUCUGGGUGCGGCAAGUGCCAAGUGCAAGGCAACAGGCCUUCUUCUCGGCAAACACUGCGGAUUGGCUGCGGGGGAACCUGGCAGCAGGAGAGAUUGAGCAUGUGGGAAUUCAGUGGCCUGCCUUCUUCAGCAUUGCGGUUUGGUUGUUGUGGAAGAACAGAAAUGACAUGUGCUUUAAAGGUAUUUCCGCCACCCUCACUCCUCCUUCCUUGACUCACUCGAUUGUUGCUAAAGCCAAGCUUUGGAGCGAGGCUUGGCGAGCGCCCUCUUUGUUGCCUUUUGGUAGGAGAGCCGCGACGGCCCGGAUAACGGCUAAUAUCGCUUGGAGCCCGCCUCCUGAGGGUUGGGUGAAGUUGAACAUUGAUGGUGCGUCUAAUGGGAACCCGGGCCCAGCUGGAGCCGGCGGUGUGUUGAGAAAUGAGGUUGGGUUUUGGCUCGGUGGUUUUGUUGCCAUGGUAGGUGAAGCUUCUGCAGCUUUGGCAGAGCUGUGGCCUUUUCAUCAUGGCCUGGAUGUAGCAUGGAAUCUUGGGUACCGUCAGCUUGUGGUUGAAUCUGACUCGCAAUUGGCCAUUCAGCUUAUCGAGGAAAGACAUGAUCCCGUUCACCCGUAUGCCACGUUACUUGCGGCCAUUCGCAGGAAGCUUAGCCGUGACUGGCUGGUGCGCGUUGUUCAUGUAUACCGGGAGGGGAAUAGAGUCGCGGACUGGCUCUCGAAGCACAGUCUCGUCUAUCCCUACGGUGUACAGGAGCUCGCACACCCGCCACCAGGGCUCACGACCAUUCUUCAGGAUGAUAUUCGGGGAGUUUCUUUUGAGAGGCGGAUUGUAUCCCGCCAUUGUAACUCUCUCUCUACUCUUACCUCCAUGUAA